AAUCUUAGUCAGUCGAGUUUAUAACUCGCUAUCGAGCACGAGUGAAAGAAAUUCGUUGGGUUGUUAAUUAUACUCAUAUAUGAACCAUAUAAACAAUGUGCUGUGUGUUCAGUUAACUAAAAAAAUAAAUUCCGAUACGACAACAUUACAAAUAAUAAUUUAUUAUACAAAAAAAUUCGCUAAGAAGGUAAAAUCCAAUGUAUACGUACUUGAAAUUGUUUGCUAUCGUGAUUUUGAAUGAACAAGAAAAAAAUAUAAUAAAACUCAAACAUUAAUGAAUGACAUCAGUUCUAUAAAGUGUAUAUUGAUUGAAUAUCAACGGCGAUUUAAGAAAAGUGAAUUUAAAUCAUGCGGCUAAACAACUUUUAUUGAUAACUUAAAACAACAACAUGUUAACAUUAUUUGUUUUCGAAAAAAUUGUUGAACAUUUACGUGGAUGAGUCAUAACAUACAAUUUUAUACGUUACAUAAAAGAACAAGUCCAUUAUUCACCGAUUUUGAGACAAUAUUCGUGGAAUUUUUAUUAGUAAUUUGAUGGUUGAAAAAAGUGUGUAUAUGCAGUUUAUAGCGGUUUUGAUCAUCUCGUAUACAUAUAUAGGCAAUAUAGGAACGAAACGUAUAUUCGCUGUUGAAUGAAUUACCAAAAAGUCUGCAGUGUUACUAUAGUCAGUCAACAGUUGUAUGUAUCGUCGUUCGUACGCAUAUUAUAUUGUGCAUUUGAUUAUUUAAAAAAACAAAAGUUCGUCUAGAAAAUAAAAAGGAGCAUAUAACGUCUAAUUGAUACAAAUUAAAAUAAAUUUAAGAAAAUUGAAUUCUCGUGCAUUCGCGCAUUGUGCAUACAGAGUACCCAGAGUACCCAGAGUGAUAAGAGCUUGUUAAGAUUUAACUUAUUAAUGAAUUGCAUGGUGUGAGACUGUAUGUGCUAUAAUUAAACGAAAGGAAAUAACAAUUAAAUUCACAUCGUUUGACAAUGGAUAACCAAAGGACUAUUUUGCUUAUUGCAAUUUACAUGAUUCUAUGUAAUUGCGUGCGUGGAUUCAAUAUAUCGCCAAAACCAAACUAUGUGUUCCAAGAACCGGAUCUGAAAACGUUUAUGCCAAAGACACAGAGCUCCUAUUUCGGAUACUCUAUUAAUUUAAGAACAAGCGGUGUGAUGGUUGGCGCUCCACGAGCACAGUCUACGCUAGAAAGACAGCGAAAAGUGAAUGAAACGGGUGCUAUUUACAAAUGCUCAUUCCAAUCGGCAUCCUGUGAACCAUACGUUUUCGACAAUCUAGGAAAUAUCAACAACGAAAAUAAUAUCUACACAUUCAAUAGCGAGAAGAAGGACCAUCAGUGGUUGGGUGCAUCCAUGGAUGGAAAUAUGUUAGACGAUGAACGAUUUGUUGUAUGUGCUCCACGAAUGAUAGCAGAUUUAACAAACAAUUACCUAAUGCAUGGUUUAUGCUACCUGACACCAAACACUGCUGAAUCAGCUCCUGCCAACUUACAAAAAAUCGCUCCACUCAGAGUCAGAGAUAAGCAACACCGCGCCAUCGAUAGUCAGAGGUAUUACUACUACAUGUACGGAGAACAGGGCAUUAGUGUUCAUAUUACGGAAAACGACGAAGAGAUCCUCAUUGGUGCUCCUGGCGUUUUCACAUGGAAAGGGACAGUAAUUCGUUAUAAAUCAAGAAUCUUAGACGAUCUAGGCGGUCUAAGUCGACGAGAUAACAUGCAAAAAUCCCCAAUUCGAAAGAGAGAUGUGCUCGAUUUUGAUAUAGAUGUGCCAAAUCCGGCUCAUUGGAAUCAAGGCGACGAUUCAUACUUUGGCUAUGCUUUAGCAUCGGGAUAUUUUGAAGGUGCAGAUACGCAGAAAAUAUUGUACGUAGCUAGCGCUCCACAGGCUAAUUUCCAGCAAGGCGAAGUGUACAUCUUCGAUAUUGUUGAUCACUUCACAACAGAAAAGACCAUCAAAAUCUACCACACUUUUAACUCAUUUCAAAUGGGUGAAUACUUUGGAUAUGCUCUGGCAGCCGAUGACUUUAACGGUGAUGGUUUUUAUGAUUUGGCGGUUUGUGCGCCGUUCUACACCAAAGAAAACAGUUAUGAAAAUGGAGCCGUUUACAUCUAUCAAAAUUUGGGUGAGUCCACUCCAGGAAAGUGGAGCUCAAACUUUGUUUUACAAAGUGUAUUACUAUCGGACUAUGAAAGUGGAGGAAGAUUCGGCAGCAGCAUUUCUAGAUUAGGUGACAUAAAUCAAGACGGUUAUAAAGAUAUCGCGGUUGGUGCUCCGUAUGAAGACAAUGGAGCAGUUUACAUAUAUCUCGGCGGACCUAAUGGUUUAAUCACAAAACCUAGUCAAAGGCUUUCAGCACCGUAUAAUGCGAACGUUGCACCAUUCUCUCCUCAUAUGUUUGGCCAUGGGCUGUCGAAAGGCUCCGACAUCGAUCAGAAUAAUUAUUUAGACUUAGCCAUUGGAGCACCGAACGCUGAAGCAGUGUAUGUGUACAGAAGCUAUCCAGUUGUUAAGGUUAUCGCAAAUGUACAUCCCCUCAGCAAAGAACUGAAAACGACGGAUAAAAAAUUUAAUUUCAAAGUGUGCUGGUCACUCGAAUCAAAAUACCAAUUGCUAGACGCAACCAGAAUGAACAUAAUCAUAAAAAUUGAUCCACAAUUCGGUAGAGCAAAUUUUGCCGAUAAAACAAAUCUGCUUGAAUUCAAUACAACGGCAAGAUCUGCAGAGCAGUGUCAAGAGUAUGACGCAUCGGUUAAAUUUUCGAUUGCCGAUAUAUUUAAGCCUAUUGACAUAGAAAUGCAUCACAGUAUUUUAGACACAGUGCCGGACAGUGAUGUAUUUUGUUCGAACUGUGUGGCUGUGAGUCCAUUCGACUCAAAAGUGGCACGCAAUAAAAUUGUGUUCAGCACUGGUUGUCUAAACGCUAAAUGCGUUGCUGAUUUGAAAUUGUCGAGCACAGUUUUGGGACCUGUGCCAUACAUCUUAGGCAGCACGAAAGGAAUAACGCUGGAGUACAAAAUUGAAAAUUUCGGCGAAACUGCGUACCUCGCUCAAAUAAACAUAACCAUUUUCGACUUCGUUACCUUCAUGAAAAUUCCCUCGAGUUGCAAACUGGACAACAAGCAGCUUCUAUGCGACAUCAAUAACGGUUCUCCAUUGUACAAAGGCGAUUUGGGAUUCUUGAAAAUCUCGCUGGAUACGACCAAACUUGAAGGAACGCAGCUGCUUGUAAAAGCGAAUGCGUUUAGUACAGGCGAUGAGAGCAAUGAGUCGGAUAAUAAUGCUGACAGUCUAAUUCCACUUGGUGAAUUCAGUGAUGUUGAAAUUUCGGGGAAGGCAAACAAACCAGUUCUUAGUCUGCAAGACGGAUUGAAGCUGGAAAAUAUUUCUCACACUUUCGAGAUAAGAAACAAUGGUCCGACAUAUCUGAAGCACAUCGACGUAGUCCUAUCAAUUCCAAUAUCAUAUCAAAACAGUUACACCUUGCUUCGAACUGAUGUCAUUUCGUUCUCUAAUAUCACAGUGAAGAGUCAGUACAACAAUCAACAGUUCGAGAUCGAGUGGUCGCAAAACAACACAAUUUUAUUCCAAAAUCCGAUUGAAACUUCUUCCCAGUCAGUGCCGUAUAUCGCAGAAAAUAUGAAUGGAAUGGAUUACGACCCAUCGAAAAUUGGAUCGGAAAUUGAUCUGACUGGUGGCGUUAUUGCAGACGAAGCACUACUGUCAAUGGACCACACGCGCCGUAGACGAAACGCUCCGAAGUACGAAAAAUCCCCUCGAUACUACAGUCGAUACACCCGAUCGAUUUUAGAUGGUCACGAUAUUAACCGUCGAAGCGUUUCGAAUCACGACGAUAUUAUUUUGACCAGUCUUCCGCCAAACAGAACGAUCAUCUUCGACUGUUACGAUUCCGAAGCCAGUCUAUGUGUACAAGCCAAAUUUUCGGUGAAUAAUUUCCAAGUCGGAAACACACCGAUUGUGAUUCAACUUAACUUCAGCGUAGAUCUGCACAAAAUCGAUAAAAUUGUUACCGACAAUCGGGACAUCUUUGUCAUUCGUCCUUCGAUUGAACUGCUACGAAGUGACGAUGAAGAAGGAAAAACAAUGCAUGUGGUACAGUCCCAUGCGUAUACCAUCAUCUCAAAGUAUCAGACAUUUGAAACACCAAUCUGGGUGUACGUUGUAUCAGUCAUUGGAGGCAUUUUGACUCUUAUAUUAAUCACGUAUGCCCUCUAUAAGUUUGGCUUUUUCCGACGAGAAAAGAAAGAAGAACUAAAGAAGCUUGUACGACAAAGUUAUGCACUGGCUGAACAAACUUCUGAUGCUGACGAAGCCAAUUAAGAUUGUUGUUAAAUAAAACGAAGACUUUUCCAAGAUAUGAAAUUGAUCGCGACAUCGUGAUUAGUGUUAUGAGUUUCGUCCUGUAUUCAAUUUAUUUGUAGCCAUUUUCAAUAUAUUUAUUAACUGUCGCUGUUACAAUGUAAUUACGAACUUAUUAUGCCGUGUGAUAUUUUGAAUAAUUUAUGUUUUUUUGUAUCUCUAGAGAUCUUAAGUCAAGUGAGACUGAUGUAAUGUUUGUGUUGAAUAAAUUGCUGAAUGUUUUUGCUAAACAAUAAA